GUGAGGAUGCUCCCGCAGGAGAAAACGUGGGUUUCCAUUUGAUUUCUAUCCAGUUGUAGCUUCGCGGAUGGUCUUUCCUGAUUUAUAAAGAUCUAGCCAGGAUCCUGAGCUCCUUUUCUGCCACAGGUUUCCUGGUGACACCUCUGUGCUCUAUGCUAGUAUCCAAUUCUACGUUGACUUCUUGGAAGAGCAAUGAAAAGACUAAAGAUAAGCCAGAAGACAAAGGUUCAAAAGGAAAGCAUGCGACUCCCAAGAAAGGAAUACAAACAGAAAGCAACAAUUCUUUGGAAGAAAACAAAACGGGAACCAAGUUGGAUGAGCAACACGGAACACGUGGAAAGGUAAACUUGUCCGGUGUGGUCCUUUCCAAGGAGGUCUCCAGACCAUGUGCUGCAGAGAAGAUGGCCCAGCUUAAACCAACAGAGCCUUUGGGAUGGGCGAAUGGCUCCAAGGAUUGCCCCAGACAAAAAGAAGACAUUGUCCAGAAUGAUGGUCCUUUCUGCAAUCCCAUGGAGACCCAAAAUAUGGAUGAAGAAAAAUCUCCCCAGAAACAGGUGACCCCAAAAUGGAAGGGAGGAGAAACAAGUGGACUUGGCACUCCUGCUGGGGAAGCUGUGUCUUCUAUGUCAAAGCCUGGUGGUGAAGUUAUAAGGACAAGGCCUUCAGUCAUUGCACCGACGAACGAUGCUGCUGACAAGGCUUUGAGAAGCAAAGAAGGAGGUGUCGAUAGCUCUGCAGGUAGACACGCUGGAGGGUUGGCUCUGCUGUCUCUGUGGCCAACGGGUGAAGGAAGUAAGCAUUUGCAAGAACCUCCUAAAGCCAAGGAGCCCUCAAAGGACAGCGAGACUGAGCCCACACAAGAACUGAAAGGAGUCCAUUCUCCCAAUCAGAGGAGCCAGCAGAUUCCUCAACUGUCAGGUCCUCCUUCACCAGCAUCACCUCCAAAGGCUGAAGACAAAGGAGAAAGUCAAUGCAAGACUCUCCCAUGUCCAAGUUCCACCCCAAAAGACUUUGGUGAAGAUCUGGGGGCCUCAGGAAAAAGUCCCAAGGAGAUGGCAAAGACCUUCAAAGACGGCAAGCCCGAAAUUGUGGAACCACGGAGAGUUUCUUUAGUGAGACGAGAAAGCAGAUCCAGACAGGGACCAGAGAAAGUUUCAGAGAUUACUGCAUUCAUGGGAGCUACUAAAGCGGAAGAGAUGAUCGUUGAUGACAGUCCUCCUCCUCCAGCUCCUUUCGAGCAUCGCAUUGUCAGCAUCAAACAAACUGAGUUAACCACUUUAUAUGCUGUAAGCCACGAUGAAGUGCUGGGAGGGGGGCGUUUUGGUCAAGUGCACAAGUGUACAGAAAAAUCCACGGGACUCUGUCUGGCCGCCAAGAUCAUCAAAGUGAAAUUAGCAAAAGAAAGGGAAGAAGUGAAGAAUGAGAUAAAUAUAAUGAACCAGUUAAGCCACGUGAACCUAAUUCAACUUUAUGAUGCUUUUGAGAGCAAGAACAACCUCACCUUAAUCAUGGAAUAUGUCGAUGGUGGAGAGUUAUUUGACCGGAUUAUAGAUGAAAACUACAAUCUUACUGAGUUGGACGCCAUCUUGUUUACCAAACAAAUAUGUGAAGGCAUCUACUACCUGCAUCAGCAGUACAUCCUUCAUCUUGAUCUGAAGCCUGAAAACAUCCUCUGUGUGAGCCACAGUGGGAACCAGAUUAAAAUAAUUGAUUUUGGGCUCGCAAGGCGGUACAAGCCUUGUGAGAAGCUGAAAGUCAAUUUUGGCACGCCUGAAUUUUUGGCUCCCGAAGUUGUCAACUAUGAUUUUGUGUCCUUCCCAACAGACAUGUGGAGCGUAGGCAUCAUAGCGUACAUGCUGGUCAGUGGUUUGUCGCCUUUCCUUGGAGAGACUGACGCAGAGACCAUGAAUUACAUAAUCAACUGCAACUGGGAUUUUGAUGCAGAAGCUUUUGAACAAGUGUCUGAAGAGGCCAAAGACUUUGUUUCCAGGCUUCUAAUAAAGGAAAAAAGUGGCAGAAUAAGCGCAGCCAACUGCUUGAAACACGAGUGGCUGACCAACCUGUCCACCAAGGCGAAGAGAUCGAAAGUUCGCUUGAAGUCUCAGAUGCUUCUACAGAAAUACAUGGCCCAGAAGAAGUGGAAGAAGCACUUCCAUGUGGUCACAGCUGCCAACAGAUUGAGAAGAUUCCCUAACCCUGCUGAGUCUCCAACUGCUGAAGAAAACUGAGAUUGGGUGAUAUUUUUUUAGGGACCCAUCCAUUUCCACCAGUUUCACGUUUCCUUUCCUCCUCUUCCUCAAUUGUUACAGCCAGUCGUCUGCUUUUAGGAGCCUUCAAGCCCAAGAAGACACCUUGGGACUUCCCUACACCAGAGAAGUCUGACUGAAUGGGUUGUCUUACAACCUAUUGCUUGCAAGAGGAAGAAAACAGUUUGAAUGAUACCUCUUAGACUUUCAUUUCCGUAAUUGCACAUUUUAAUGGUUAGGAAUGGCUUUUUCUGCUGGGGACUGGUUGUCUUCUUUUUAAGGAGGUUAGGGUUUCGAGAAUGUCAAGCCAUGGUUGGAAGGUUGAACUUCUUCAAGCAGAAAAUGUAGCUUCUGCAGAGAUUGUGGUAGUUAUUUUCUGAAUUCAGUAUUUUUGCUUUUAAAGUAGAACUUUGGGUAGUGAUCAAUAGCUUUAAGAACACUUGCCAAGACAUUGUAUUGUGAUUAGAGUCCCUCUUUGGAGGGAGUUGAGCUGGGCAGAAAUGUGAAAAGUAAAUAAAAUUAGUUACCUUUU